CUCAGUACUCGGCCUGUCAUCCCCGGAGCGGAGCGGAGCGGAGCGGCAGUCUGCGCCUCCACCAGCUUUCCGCCGCGCUUCACUUCUGCUUCAUGUGGCAUGGAUACGAUCUAGCACCCGCGGUACUACCGAAACAACCAGCAUUGUCUUUUUUUUUUUUUUCGUUUUUUUUUUUUCUUUUCUUUUCCCGUGAAAGCUGCGAGCGGGGACCAUGAUGGAGUACUGGCGGCAGUGCGCGCUGUGGCUGAUCAACUGCAAGGUGCUGCCGGCCAGCCACCGGGUGACAUGGGAGUCCGCUCAGGUGUUCGACCUGGCGCAGACCCUCCGGGACGGGGUCCUCCUGUGCCACCUGCUCAACAACCUCAGACCCCAGUCCAUCAACCUGAAGGAGAUCAACCUGAGACCGCAGAUGUCACAGUUCCUGUGCCUGAAGAACAUCCGGACCUUCCUGGCGGCGUGCAGCGAGACGUUCGGCCUGAAGAGGAGCGAGCUGUUCGAGGCCUUCGACCUCUUCGACGUCAGGGACUUCGGGAAGGUUAUGGACACACUAUCAAAACUUUCCCACACAGCGAUCGCACAGCAAAAUGGAAUCAGAGCCUUUCCAACAGAGGAAAGUGUCGAGGACGACAACAUCUACAACCACCUGGAGGACCUGAUCGACGAGAACGAGCUGGAGGAUGAGGAGGAUCUGUACGACUGCGUGUACGACGACGAAGAGGGCGGAGAGAUCUACGAAGACCUGAUGAAGACCGAGGCCAUCCCUCCGCCGGCCUUUCAGAAGCAGGCGGAGACUGACAUCCGGAGCUGCUGUCUAACAGAGAUCAGGCAGACGGAGGAGAAAUACACCGAGACCCUGGAGUCUAUAGAGAAGCACUUUAUGGCGCCGCUCACCAUGUUUUUAUCCGUGGCCGAGUUGGAGAAGGUGUUUGUGAAUAUUCCGGACCUUGUUAAAGUCCACAAAAGUUUACUGCUGGAGAUCCAGGACUCGGUCCACCACAGAAGUGCCCAGAACCUGUACCAGAUCUUCAUCACUUUCAAAGAGAGGCUGCUGAUCUACGGGAAGUACUGCAGCCACGUGGAGACGGCCAUCGCCACGCUCGACGACAUCUGCAAGAACAGGGAGGACGUGCGCAUGAAGCUCGAGGAAUGUUCAAAAAGAGCAAACUACGGCAAGUUUACACUGAGGGACCUGCUGGUGGUUCCGAUGCAGCGGGUGCUGAAAUACCACCUCCUCCUGCAGGAGCUGGUGAAGCACACGCACGACGCCACCGACAAGGCCAACCUGCGCACGGCGCUGGACGCAAUGAAGGACUUGGCUCAAUAUGUUAAUGAGGUCAAGAGGGACAACGAGACGCUGCGAGAGAUAGAUCAGUAUCAAAAAUCUAUUGAAAACCUGAACCAGCCUCUGAGUAACUACGGGAGACCCAAAGGUGACGGGGAGGUCCGGGUGGCCUCGGUGGACAAACGAGCCAAACAGGACAGGCACAUCUUCCUCUUCGACGCCGCCGUCAUCGUGUGCAAGCGGCGAGGGGACAACUACGAGAUGAAGGAGGUGAUCGACCUGCACCUCUUCAAGAUCACCAACAACCCCACGUCGGACAAGGAGAACCGCAAGUGGUCGUACGGAUUCUACCUCACUCACAACCAGGGCCAGAGCGGCUUCGAGUUCUUCUUCAAGACCAAAGAGCUGAAAAAGAAGUGGCUGGAGCAGUUUGGCAUGGCCAUAUCAAACAUCCGUCCCGAGAACGCCGCCAACAACUUCCACGAGUUCCACAUGCACACCUUCGAGCGGAUCACCUCCUGCAACUCCUGCCACAUGUUACUGAGGGGCGUCUUCAACCAGGGCUACCUGUGCUCCAAGUGCGGUUUAGGCGCCCAUAAAGAAUGCCUGGGCCGCUUCGGCUGCUGUGGAAAAACAGAUUCCGGCCCCGUCAGAACUCAGGGCAAAGAUCGAGAUCCAGGUUUGCCCAAGAUGCUGGUGAUCAGGAACUACUUCGGCGUGCCCAGCCCCGCCUCCGGCCCGGCGCUCAGCAUCCAGACGGGAGACAUCAUUGAAUUAAUCCGCGCCGACCUUCACAGCCCCUGGUGGCAGGGCAAGAUCCUGUCGACGAAGGAGGUGGGCUUCUUCCCCAGCGACGCGGUCAAGCCUUGCCCAUGCGUCCCCAAGCCCGUGGACUACUCCUCUCAGCCCUGGUUCGCAGGCCCGAUGGAGCGGCUGCAGGCGGAGGCGGAGCUCAUCAACAGGGUCAACAGCACCUACCUGGUUCGCCACCGCACCAAGGAGUUCACCGAGUACGCCAUCAGCAUCAAGUACAACAACGACGUGAAGCACAUAAAGAUCCUGACCAAGGAGGGCUGCUUCCACAUCGCCGAGAACAAGAAGUUCAGGAGCAUAUUAGAGCUGAUCGAGUACUACAAGCACCACUCUCUGAAGGAAGGCUUCAGGAGUCUGGACACCACGCUGCAGUUCCCGUACCGGGAGCCGGAGAACGCCGCCGUGCACCGGCUCAACCGCCCCGGCGGCAACACCCCAUUGCUCUGCGGCCUCUCUCUUGUAACUCCUGCCGGCUACAGCUUUGUUCCUCCUUCCUCUGCUCCCUUCUGGUCAGUGUUUACUCCCAAAGUGAUCGGCGUGGCGAUCGCGCGGUACGACUUCAGCUCGCGGGACACCCGGGAGCUGUCGCUGCAGGAGGGCGACGUGGUGAAGAUCUACACCAAGUCCGGGGCCAACGGCUGGUGGCGGGGCGAGGUCAACGGCAGGGUCGGCUGGUUUCCGUCCACAUACGUGGAAGAGGGUGAGGAGUGAACGCCGGUCCAGCACCGAGGGACCGAAAGAAGCCGAAAAGCACGCCGAGCACACGGCGGCGGCGAGCAGCGGGCUCCCGCGCCGCCACCGCCAGCUCCAGCGUUACUUCACCCCCCCCCCCCCCUCCCCUCGACGCCGCUGCCUGAAACCUUCCCAGAGGCCUUUGCAGGACGGAGAAAGGGCUACGGAACGCCGACCGCUUCCGCUGGACUCUGCAGCUGAGCGGCUCCAUCAGCCGGCAGCUUGCCUGUCAGCGGGGGGGGGGGGGGGGGGCUCUCGCCAGACGCCACACCCUCCCCUCCUCAUCUGCCCCCGACUUCAUCCAUAAUUCAUCGCUCACUGUCUCCCUCCCUGCCCUCGCCGGCCACAGCCCGCCGCCCCCCCCCCCUCCUCAAACUCCCACCUGUUUCCCGCCUGCCAAGUCGGGCGUCGCCAAAACUGUCAAAAGCAGGAAGUGAACUGCCGCUCUUCUCUUCCAUUCAUGCGCUCAUCCAUCCAUCCAUUCCCCCCCCCCCCCCCCGCCGUGUGGGAAUAGAGUCAUCUGAGAGCUGCAGGAGACCCACGCUGGCUUCUGUCUCGGGCUCGCUCUCAUUUCAUUCAGCUUUGACCUUGCCUGUGUUUGUUCCUCUAAUGCAGGUGGUUAUUGAUGACCCAGAUUCACACACACACACACACACACACACACACACACUUACACACACACACACCACCCACCUCUCCUCCCUUUCAGAUUAUGAUCGCCUCGCACGCACUCCUACAGGAGGUGCACGUAGCGGAGGGAUGGCGUCGGAUAGCAUCGAUGCGCGCUGCCAGCAAUUGAUCGCCGCUGUUCCUGUUUUCCUCCCACCUCCUGCAUCCUUUAUCUGCAGCCCGGCCUCUCAUGUUUUUCGCUUGUCUUGGCCGUUAGUGAUCCGCCGCUCUUAUCGGUGGCGGCCCUGUCGGCGAGCGCCCGCUCGCCGAGGGUUGAUCUUAUUGGAGGCAUUAGCGGCUUGUCGGGGGGGAAAGCUGCGCUCCUGCCCCCUUCACCUGGAACCGCUACCCGGCUUUAGACCUCAUUUCCUCUCUUUACAUCACUUUUCCUUGUCUUUUGAUCAAACUUUAUCACUUCCUUGAUGGAUAUAAUGCAUCGCCGUAUUGACGCUGACGUUUAAUCCAUCAUCUUCUUCCAGGCUUUUAGAGACUUUUUCAUCAAAAAUUACAAUUUUGGCAGAAACACUGAUCCGCUUGGCAUCGUAUCCAAAAUAUUAGCUUUCACGGAGCUGUCCACCCUCGUACUUUUUCCCUCUUUCAGUGUUUCACCCUCACCUCUCUAAACACCGUGUCCACAAAUUCUCCCUGAUCCUCUGGAAAAAGAGGAUUUUCCCACAUUUGAAACAACCGGUGCCAUAAAUCUGGUGAGUCAUGUUGAUAAAGGAGGAAAGUACAGUGAUUAACGGUAAUCUGCGAGGCGAGGCUGAGCAGCAGCUGGCUCUGUGCAGCCACUCAGGCCAAGCAAACUUUGUCUUUACAUGGUGUACAUAAUGAUAUAUUUUAUUUAAGCGAUGUUCGGUGCUACGUGCAGGUCGGCGUGUGACGGAGCGAUCUAAAUCUACUUUAUUUCUGAUAAUCACAACACUAUUUCGGUCCUGUCUGGAGGUUGAAUUGCAGUGUACAUAAAGACACGGGCAGCAGUUUGUUGAGGCGCAGCAUUCCCUUUAAAGAUUCGCUCUAAACUUUAUGCUGUGAAGGUCGACUGUUUAUUUUCAAGCCAGCCAUGUGGGAAAAUCGCACUGAGGCGUCACUUUCCUGCAUCCUCUCAUCAACAGUAGCGUAAAGUGGCCACUAGAUGGAAGCAUGUUAAACAGCUCUCCCUCUGAGAGGCGUCGCCGCUGAAGUUUGGAGAAACCGUCAUGAGACGAGGAGCCGGAACCGCCGGAGUCAGCGGUGAACGUAGGAGGUUCAGGUUCUUCCCUCAGAUGAACGUGAGCGCAGUGUCGGUCGUCCGGUGUUGAAGAGCCUCCCCUCCCCUCCCCUCCCCUCCCCUCUCCUCUCUCUGCUGCCGCUCAGCGCUCACACAAGAUGUGAAGCAUUUUAAGGAAAUCUCAGGGAGAGCUGUGCGGUCCUGCCGGAGCCGGAGUGGCUCCUCUGAUCGCAGGCUGCGGUAAUCCACUCCCGCUCUGCCUCCUCCGCCCAGAUGAACUCUGACAGCGGGGCCAUUUACAACUGCAGGCCUUCCUCUCCUCCGAGUGCGCCUCCGGAUUUUUCUGUGUGAGUGUGUGUGUGUGAGUGUGUGUGUGGACGGGAGGAAGGCUCAAGGGUAUCUGUGAUCUAAUCAUUACACCAUCUCCUCACCUCGGCGACCCUGCUGCAUCCAUCUGACUGUCGGCUCCCCUCUCUUCUCCCUCUCCCUCUCUCGCUGUGUCACUUCCCCGCUCUCUCCCGCUCUCUUUACUGCUCUCCUUCCCCAUCCAUCUUUCAUCCAAUCUCCGUCUCCUCCGUCUCCCCCUCUGUAUUCUGUCCCUCACCUCCACGUUUUGUAGCCUGACUGGAGGAAGAUGAAAAAAAAAAAAAGUCAGUGUUACAAAUGGAGGAGAGAGAGGACUGCUUUCAUUUUACAC